UGAUAUAACAUGUUUUGUUAAUAUUACAUAAAGAAAUUAGACGAACAAAAGAAAUAACAAUGAAUGUAGAAUUUUAAAUUAAAUUUUGAAACCGAUCAUUUGACCGGGCCUGGUAACGUUAGUGUUGAUGGAAUGUCUUACCGAUUAAUCUAAAGUUUCGAUGCAUUGAACUUCUUUAAUACCAGUUUUAGCUAAUUGUAAGAUCUGUGUCCAUCGACGUCCACAUGUAUUUUUCUGCUUGCGUCACUUACAGUACAUUUCGCGUCACUUGUAAAGACGUUUGUAAUAGCACUUUUGGUACUUUCGAGUGGCAACGUAAGAAGAUCGCUUCAGAAAUAGGGACGUGCACUGUAACUUCGUGUAGAUAUAGCAAACAAGUAUUUGUAUAGCUAAAUAUACACAUGACUUUAUGCACGUAUACAAUUCUUUUUCGAAGAACGUUUUUUACUUUCCUGAAUUAUUAGCCCUGUUGCGUGAUAACUACCCUUUGCACCUGUCUAACACGGUACGUACUCUUAAUGUAUAAUGCAACCAAUAAUGAUUAGCGUUAAGUCAGCUAGCAGCGCACUACUGUAAAGAAAAUCGCAAACCGGUGGAACAUGUUCUUGGAUGUAAUAAUUUAUUAAAUUUCUCGUACGUGUACAGUAAUUAUAUUCAAGUAACAUCUGUGAAUACUCAGUUGCUUUCAAAGCACUUUAGUUACAUAUAUUCUCGAUAGUUUGUAAUAUAUCGCACCAUUGUGCCGGUUCUAUCUACUUCAUUGGAUUCAUAAGGCAACCACGUUAUAUAGUUAUGUUGAAACAAAUAACACCAGAGAAAGUUAUUCAUAUUACUUGGCUCAGCGUAGUGAUAAGCUUUUGUUGGCCACUUCCUAUCAAUAGCAACAGAAAUAAAAUCUUUUGUUUCAAGAUUCUACAAAUCUGUAGCGGCAUUAGUGGCUGCUUGCUAUUUAUGCCAAUAUUAUAUUCGAUUUAUUUGCACUUAAAUGAUAUCGUCAUUACUUCUUCCUGUAUGUGCCUUUUAUUAGGAGUGUCUCAAAAUAUUUUCCAGACUCUUAUAUGCUUCAUCAAGCACGAUUCUCUACAGGUAAGCUUUAAUCAUCAUUCGACGUAAAACUAGGUAUGUAAUUGUUUAGAGUACGAGACAUCACACCGAUUCUGAUAAGCUUGAGAUCUUUCUGAGUAUGUGCUGCAGUAUCAGAAGUGAUAAGAUUGAUCUUGACAACAUAUUUCAAACUUAUCUAAAACGGUGUGGCGUGCCCCAUUCUACACACUUGUCUAAAAUUAUACCAAUGUGUUUUAAUUACGCGUUAUAGCGUACAGUCGAGGAAAUGAUGACUUAUGUUAGAGAAGCACAACAAUACGAGAAAAAAAUCUUCUACAAGUACAUCAAGAAAUGCUAUGUUUUCUGCGGUGGUUCCAUGGCAUGUACGUAUGUGACAGCGACUUGUUUCUCGUUACGACCUAUAGUCUUGCCAGUUUCUCUCCCAUUUGAUGCGGAGUAUCCAUUUCCUAUCAAUUAUACAUCAAUGUAUGUUAUCAUAUAUAUGCACCAUGCUUGCCUUUGUAUUCAAACCGCUGCACACAUAUGCGUAAGCUCAUUUGGGGCGCUUUUACUUUGGUUUACGGUAGCGAGAUUUGAGUGUUUAGCCGCGGAAUUGGAGAAGAGCACAGACAUUGAUGCGUUGGUUGUUUGCGUAAAGAAACAACUACAUUUAAAAAGAUACGCGGAAGAAGUGUUUAAUAGUUUUCGAUUUUUGGUACUGUAUGCCAUUGGAGUAGCCACGUUUGGUAUUACUCUGUGUUUUCUUAUGAUGCUUGUAAAUGUACCUCUAUUUGUGAAACUACAGUUUAUAGGCGUAUGUGUCACUGUACUUAUGGAAAUUUACUUGUACGCGUGGCCAGCUGAUUAUUUGAAAGAUAUGAGUAUUGAAGCUCCACAAAGUAUAUAUAAUUCAACAUGGUAUGAACAGAGAUUGGGAAUGCAGAAAAGUCUACUGAAUGUGUUAAUAUAUCGACGACCCCUAACGCUUUCAAUCGCAUGUAUAGUACCAGAGCUCUCUUUGCGUUACUACUGUUCGUACCUAUCAAAUGCCUUCUCCAUCUUCACUACUUUGCGCGUUAUGAUAACUAUUGUAUGCAGCGUCAAACACGUGUCUUUACAGACCUAUCAAAAUCGACGUGACGUCCCCUAUACUACAGCCAAAAUUAUACCAAUUCAUUCUAACUAUGAGUUACAGCGUAUAGUCGAGGAAAUGAUAGUUUGUAUCAAAGAAGCGGAACAAUAUGAACGAGAAAUUUUCUACAAGUACAUCAAGAAAUGCUAUGUUUUCUGCGGUUGUUCCAUAGUAUGUACGUAUGUGACUGCGGUUGGUUUUUCAUUACGACCUGCAAUUUUGCCAGUUCCUUUCCCAUUUGAUGUGGAAUAUCCGUUUCCUGUAAAUUAUACAUCAGUAUACAUUAUCAUAUAUAUGCAACAUGUUUGCGUUUGUUUUCAAUCCGCUGCGCAAAUAUGCAUAAGCUCGUUUGGAGGGCUUUUACUUUGGUUUACGGCAGCGAGAUUUGAGUGUUUGGCCGUGAAUUUGGAGCGGAGCACAGACACUGAUACAUUGAUCGAUUGCGUUAAGAAACAAUUACAUUUAAGAAGAUACGGAGAAGAAGUGCUUAAUAAUUUUCGUUUUAUGGUACUUUACGCUGUUGGAGUAGCCACGUUUGCUUUGACUUUGUGUUGUAUUAUGAUGAUUGUAGAUGUACCUCUGUUCGUGAAGAUACAGUAUAUAGGUGCAUGUGUUACUGUACUUACGGAAAUUUACUUAUACACAUGGCCAGCUGAUUACUUGAUGGAUAUGAGCAUGGGCAUCCCGCAAAGUGCAUAUAAUUCAACCUGGUAUGACCGGAGGUUAGAAAUGCAGAAAAAUCUACUGAACAUGUUAACAUAUCAAAAACCAUUAGUACUUUCCAUAAGAUGUGUAGUGCCAGAACUCUCAUUGCGUUAUUAUUGUUCGUACCUGUCCAAUGCCUUCUCCAUCUUCACUACUUUGCGCGUCAUGAUACAGAAUUAAUUCAAGAUGAAUAUGCUCUGAACGUGGUUCUAUUCGUAUAAAGAACCAUUUUUUGUGAUAAUCGCGAUUAAUGUCAUUCUAUUUCAUAACUAAUCGUGUAUUAACAUUGGCUCUUUAUGGAUUUUUAUGAACACAAAUAUUUAUUCAAGUGAAGAUCAUAAGAAGAAUAUAACUGGGAUCAUUGUAGCAGCUAAAUUAUUCGUAAUUGGAUACUCGUGUUCAUGGAGCUUAUACUAAUGGAGGGACCCCAGCACGUGCGGAUAGGAUCAACGGAAAGAAAUACACUUUUCUGUUCCUAGCCAUUAUCGUGGUUGCUGGCCUUGUGGUCAUAUACCCGUAAGUGUGUAGUCUGAUGACCGUAUUCUACUUUAUCUCUCAAAUAACUAAAAGCUUCUCUGACCAUUUACUUCAGAUCUUUUUGUAUAAUUAAAAAAAUAUACAAUAAUAUUGUUGAAAUUAAUAAACUAGGUCAGGCAUGAUAUUUGCAUCAUUGAUAUGGUGCAAAAUAUAAAUCACAUAUUAGAGAUAAUAAAAUUAAAUAUAAAUGUACAAACAAUUAAACAAAAUAGAUACAUACAUAUAGUAUAUAUAUAAAAUGAAAAAAUCACUCC